GAGGAACAGGCAACCCAAUUGUGGGACAAGGAAGCUGGGAUAAGACAACAGUAUCGAAGUAGGCUACUGCAGCAGAUAACAGAAAGGAGAGCUCAGAAGAGUUCUCUUAUAUGGACAUUCAAAAUGGCAUCAAGUUCAACCAACGAAAGGAGGGCAUUUGCACACAAAAUUAAUAGGACCGUGGCGGCGGAGGUGAGGAAGCAGGUGUCCAGAGAUUAUGGCUCCCCUCAGCUGUCCAAAAAGCGACCUGGAGCCCAUCAGCCUGUGCCCCUGACCGAGGUGGUGGAGCCUUUGGACUUUGAGGAGUAUGUGAGCAGCCACGCCCCAGGGGCGGAGUCUGGGCCCCUGAGGCAGCUGAUGGAGUUCCCCCAAGACGACCUGGAGCUCCUCCUGCAGGAGAGAGAGUGUACUACACUGGAGCCCCCUCUGCUCGAGGAUGACACGCUGGACCCCAGAGUGAGAGACGCCUUGGCAGUCUACACGGAUGACUGGCUGAUUAUCCAGAGAAAGUAUCAGCGCUACAGCACGGCACACUCGCCCCACAACUCUGAACGACAGAGAGAGAGGCAGAGAGGCCUGGUCAAGCAGACCUUCGAGCUGGACCAGACGGCGGCCGCAGAGCGUCAGGAUGACCAGGAUGACGCGAAGAGGCGGUCCGUCUCCCUGGACGACACCCCUCGGGGGAGCUGGGCCUCUAGCAUCUUCGACCUGAAGAACUCCUCUCCUGACGCCCUGCUGCCCUCCGUGCUGGAGCGGACGGCCGCCGAGGACAUGGACCGCCGCAACGCCGAGGCUCGCCUGCAGGGGCGCCAUCCCGACCUGCUGGGGCUCUACCCCCCUCCGGACGAGGACGAGGCCGUGGAGCGAUGCUCUGUUCCCGAGGUGCCCAAGGAACACUGUGGGCAGCGAAUCAUGGUCAAGUGUCUGUCCCUCAAAUUUGAAAUCGAAAUCGAGCCGAUAUUUGGGAGCCUUGCUCUGUAUGAUGUCAAGGAGAAGAAAAAGAUCUCGGAGGACUUCCACUUUGACCUGAACUCAGACCAGAUGAAGACCCUGCUGAAGCCGCACACGCCCCACACAGCCAUCUCAACCCUGGCCCGCUCCGCCAUCUUCUCCAUCACCUACCCCUCCGCAGACAUCUUCCUGGUCAUCAAGCUGGAGAAAGUCCUUCAGCAGGGAGACAUUGGGGAAUGCUGUGAGCCCUAUAUGGUCAUGAAAGAGUCGGAUUCAUCCAAGCACAAGGAGAAGCUGGAGAAGCUGCGUUUGCAGGCGGAGCAGUUCUGCGGCCGUCUGGGAUGCUUCCACAUGCCCUUCGCCUGGACCGCCAUCCACCUCCUGAACAUCGUCAGCAGCGUGGGCGGGCUGGACCGCUCGGACCCGGACUCCGACUCGGAACGCAAAGGCCAUGGCACGUGGAACGAGAGAAAAAAGAAGGGAUUCGAGCGGAUGAGCGUGGGGGAUGAUAUGUGCAACUUUGCCACCUUCCGUCCAGCCACCCUCACAGUCACAAACUUCUUUAAGCAGGAAGGAGAUAGGCUGAGUGACGAGGAUCUCUACAAGUUCCUGGCAGACAUGCGCAGACCGUCGUCCGUUCUCCGUAGACUGAGGCCCGUUACAGCCCAGUUGAAGAUCGACAUCUCCCCGGCCCCCGACUCGCCUCACUACUGUCUGUCCCCUGAGCUGCUCCACGUCAAGCCCUACCCGGACCCCCGCGUGCGCCCCACCAAGGAGGUGCUGGAGUUCCCCGCUCGCUAUGUCUACACCCCCCACACCACGUACAGGAACCUGCUGUACGUGUACCCCCAGAGUCUGAACUUCAGCAGUCGGCAGGGCUCUGUCCGGAACAUCGCCGUGAAGGUCCAGUUCAUGGCAGGAGAGGACCCCAGCCAGGCCAUGGCGGUCAUCUUCGGGAAGUCCAGCUGUGCGGAGUUCAUAAAAGAGGCCUACACUCCGGUCAUCUACCAUAACAAGUCUCCAGAGUUCUACGAGGAGGUCAAGAUGAAGAUUCCCGCCAACCUGACGGAUAACCACCACCUGCUCUUCACCUUCUACCACAUCAGCUGCCAGCCCAAGCAGAACACGCCGCUGGAGACCCCGGUGGGACACACCUGGAUCCCUCUCAUGCAACAUGGCCGCCUUCGCACCGGCUCCUUCAGCCUUCCGGUGUCUGUGGAGAAGCCGCCCCCCAGCUACUCUGUCCUCACACCGGAUGUGCAGCUUCCAGGCAUGAAGUGGGUGGACAACCACAAAGGGGUGUUUAACGUGGAGGUGACGGCUGCAUCGUCAGUUCAUACCCAGGACCCUCACCUGGACAAGUUCUUCACGCUGGCGUACGUCCUGGAGGAGUACUCGUUCCCCUUCCGCCUGAAGGACGUCAUCAUCAGCGAGGCCAACAUGGAGGGCGAGCUGAAGGCCAGCAUCUCGGCCCUGCGGGGGGCGCUCCUGGACACCUGCGUGCGCUUCCUGCACCAGCUGCUCAGCAAGCUCAUCCUGCUCAUCGUGCACCCGCCCGUCAUCGCCGGCCAGAUAGUGAACCUGGGCCGGGCGGCCUUCGAGGCCAUGGCCCUGCUGGUGAACCAGAUCCAUAAGAACCUGGAGGGGAACCAGGACCAGCACGGGCGCAACAACCUGCUGAUGUCCUACAUCCACUACUGCUUCCACCUGCCCAGCAACGAGCCAGCCAUGCCCCCUGCCGCAGCGGGAUCGCCGGCCUACGAGCUGCCGAUCCACUACGCCACGUUGUCGAGGGCGACGGCGCGCCCCAGCAGCCUGCACCUGUCCCGCUCCAAGAGCAUCAGCAACUCCAACCCGGACCUGGCCUCCUCGCCCGCCUCCCCCGACGAGGAGGUCCAGAGGAUCAUCGGCAGCAAGGGGAUAGACCGCUCCCACUCCUGGGUAAACUCUGCUUACGCCCCCGGGGGCUCCAGAGCCGUGCUCCGUCGGAACCCCAACUCCAGCUGUGAGCUCAAGCAGGCGAGCGAGCGAGGCUGUCGCAUGUCGGCCUAUCUGGACAGCUCCUCCUUCUGCUCCGCCCCCACUAGGCAGAUCGCCAAGAAGCUGCUCCACGAGGAGCUGGCCCUGCAGUGGGUGGUGAGCACCAGCACCGUGAGGGAGGCGGCCCUGCAGCAGGCCUGGUUCUUCUUCCAGCUCAUGGUGAAGAGCAUGAGUCACCACCUGUUCCUGUCCUCUCGCAUGGACCUGCCCAGGAGGCAGCGCUUCCCCGACCGCUUUGUGGACGACAUCGCCGCACUCGUGUGUGCCAUCAGUGCAGAUAUCGCCGGCCGGUACCACAAGGAUGUGGAGCUUGUAGAGAGGUUAAACUGCAGUCUGGCCUUCUUCCUCAAUGACCUGUUGUCUCUCAUGGACCGAGGCUUUGUCUUCAACCUCAUCCGCACGUACUACAAACAGAUUGCCAACAAGCUCCACACAGCCCAGAACCCCAGCACGCUGACCGCGCUAAGGAUGGACUUCUGCCGCAUCGUGUGCAGCCACGAGCACUACGUCACCCUGAACCUGCCCUGCUCCACCGUCAGCCCCCCCGCCUCGCCCUCCCCCUCCACCUCCUCCACCACCUCCCAGAGUUCAGCGUUCUCCAACAUGGUGCAGGACCAGGGUGUGGCCAGCAUGUUUGAGCUCUCCGUCCCCUUCCGCCAGCAGCACUUCCUGUCGGGCCUGCUGCUCAGCGAGCUGUCCCUCAUCCUGGAGCCCGACGGAGAGGGGGUGUUUUUCCUGCACAAGAAAGCCAUCAGUGCGGUCCACUCCCUGCUGUGCAGCCACGACGCAGACCUCCGCUACGUCGACCCCCAGGUGCGCGGCCACGUGGCCCAGCUCUACCUGCCCCUCAUCCCCAUCAUCAUGGAGACUCUGCCCCAGCUCUACGACUUCACAGACACCUCGCCCGUCCGUACGCGCCACGCCCCCACCCUGGCCGACGACGGCGACCCAGACAACGGCAACACCAUCAGUCAGUCUGUUGCCAUGGCGAUCGCCGGAUCCCCGUUGCCUCAUGCCAAAGUCAACCCGUUCGCCCUGCCCACGGUGGCCGGCCGCCAGGGCAGCACCCUGUCCGCCGAGUGCAGCAGAACCCUGCUGGUGUGUUUCCUGUGGGUGCUGAAGAACGCCGACGCGGCCCUCCUGGAGCGCUGGGUGUCCGACCUGUCCGUCAUCCAGAUCAACCGGCUCCUGGACCUGCUGCACCUCUCCGUGUCCUGCUUCGAGUACAAGGGGAAGAAGGCCCUGGAGAGGAUCAACAGUCUGACGUUCAAGAAGUCCCAGGACAUGAAGGCCCGUCUGGAGGAGGCCAUCCUGGGCACCAUCGGAGCCCGCCAGGAGAUGGUCCGACGCAGCCGAGAGAGGAGUCCCUACGGCAGCCAGGAGAACGUCCGAUGGAGGAAGAACGUCACUCACUGGAAACAGAACACAGACCGAGUCGAUAAGACCAAGUCUGAGGUGGAACAGGAGUCGGUGGUGGAUGGUAACCUGGCAACUGAAGCGUCUCUGGUAGUAUUGGACACGCUGGAGAUCGUAGUCAAGACGGUGCUGGUGUCGGAGCUGAAGGAGAGCGUGCUGGGCGGGGUGCUCCGCGUCCUCCUGCACAGCAUGGCAGGAAGCCAGAGCGCCCUCUUCCUGCAACACUGCUUCACUACGCAGAGGGCUCUCGUCUUCAAGUUUCCAGAGAUGCUGUUUGAGGAGGACACCGAGCUGUGUGCAGACCUGUGUCUGCGUCUGCUGCGUCACUGCGGCAGCAGCGUGGGCGCCGUCAGGAGCCACGCGUCCGCCUCCCUCUACCUCCUCAUGAGGCAGAACUUUGAGAUUGGCAAUAACUUUGCCAGGGUGAAGAUGCAGGUGACCAUGUCUCUGUCCUCCCUGGUGGGGACGUCUCAGAACUUCAACGAGGAGCACCUCCGGCACUCCCUGAAGACCAUCCUGACGUACGCCGAGGACGACCUGGAGCUCCGCGACACGCCCUUCCCGGAACAGGUCCAGGACCUCGUGUUCAACCUCCACAUGAUCCUCACCGACACCGUCAAGAUGAAGGAACACCAGCAGGACCCGGAGAUGCUCAUCGACCUCAUGUACCGCAUCGCCAAGGGCUACCAGAACUCUCCGGACCUGCGUCUCACCUGGCUGCAGAACAUGGCGGGGAAGCACUCGGAGAGGUCCAACCACGCCGAGGCAGCCCACUGCCUGGUACACAGCGCCGCCCUGGUGGCGGAGUACCUCAACAUGCUGGAGGACUGCCGCUACCUGCCCAUCGGUUGCGUCACCUUCCAGAACAUCUCGUCGAACGUACUGGAGGAAUCCGCCGUGUCGGAUGACAUCCUGUCCCCAGAGGAGGAGGGCAUCUGCGCGGGGAAGUACUUCAGCGAGUCUGGCCUGGUGGGCCUCCUGGAGCAAGCGGCUGCUUCCUUCAACAUGGCUGCCAUGUACGAGGCCAUCAACGAGGUCUAUAAGAUCCUGCUGCCCGUCCACGAAGCCAACCGGGACUUCAAGAAGCUGGCCACGGUCCACGGCAAGCUGCAGGACGCCUUUAAUAAAGUCUACAACCAGAGUUCUGGAUGGGAGAGGAUGUUUGGAACCUACUUCCGGGUGGGCUUCUACGGCUGCAGGUUCGGAGACCUGGACGAGCAGGAGUUUGUGUACAAAGAGCCGUCUAUAACCAAGCUGGCUGAGAUCUCCUACAGACUGGAGGAAUUCUACUCUGAGCGAUUCGGGGAUGAGUUGGUGGAGAUCAUCAAGGACUCGAACCAUGUGGACAAGAAUAAGAUGGACCCCAACAAGGCCUACCUGCAAAUCACGUAUGUGGAGCCCUACUUCGACACCUACGAGCUGAAGGAGAGAAUCACGUACUUCGACAAGAACUACAACCUGCGCACCUUCAUGUACUGCACCCCCUUCACCCUGGACGGCCGCGCGCACGGGGACCUGCACGAGCAGUACAAGCGCAAGACCAUCCUCACCACCUCGCACGCCUUCCCCUACAUCAAGACCCGCAUCAACGUCAUCCACAAAGAGGAGAUCAUUCUGGUGCCCAUGGAGGUGGCCAUAGAGGACAUGCAGAAGAAGACCCAGGAGCUGGCCUUCGCCACCCACCAGGACCCUGCCGAUGCCAAGAUGCUUCAGAUGGUGCUGCAGGGAUGCGUGGGCACCACGGUCAACCAGGGCCCUCUGGAGGUGGCGCAGGUCUUUCUCUCCGACAUUCCCGACGACCCGAAGUUGUUUCGCCAUCACAACAAACUGCGCCUCUGCUUUAAAGACUUCACUAAGAGGUGUGAGGAUGCCUUGAGGAAGAACAAGGCUCUGAUUGGACCGGAUCAGAAGGAAUACCACAGGGAGCUAGAGAGGAACUACCAUAAACUGAAAGAGUCUCUCGGCCCCCUCAUCAACCGCAAGAUCCCCCAACUCUACAGAACACUGCCAGCUCAGACCACGCAAACCCAACGGAAUUCUUACAGCAGGUCCAGUCUUCGCAGAGUGGACUGUUGAAGUAAGGCAGACGUCCGAAGACAAGAAAUUAAGGCCUUGAGAGCUGAAUUCUAGUCUGUUUUUCCCCACCCUCACACACCAACCAACUAAAACACACUUGCCAUCCUGUCCCGUCUCUAGCUUACACUCCCCACACACACACACACACCACAUGUCAUGCUAUCCAACCUCUAACCCUUCCUAUUCAUUUGCUUCCCACUCUGCACCACCUUCCCCCAUUACUCUGUCUGCCCUGUCUCUCACACUACAGAAAAUACUCCCACUGUUUAUACUGGAAGUUUAUCAGCACAGUAAACAGUCAUUGCAAGCAUGGUUCUGGUUCUCGGGCAUUCUGAGCCUCUUUCAAGAGAAGUCUCUUCAUUCUGGACAAGGACUGAGCCCCCCCUGUGUUGAUGUCCUGGGUUAUUUUAGAUUUUACAGAACUGGAGAAUCCAACCCUCCCCAGCACUUCCGUAAUUGUCUGUUUGUUUUGGGUGAGUUUGUGUUUGGGUUUUAGUAUGCGGUUGCUGAAACCAGGCAUCUUUCCCUUAGCUUGUAAUAGUGUUUGCUGUGGAAGAGGCUGGGUCACAUGUUGUGGUUAGAUGGUCUGUUCACUGUGAUUGGUGGUCUUUGGUGAAUUUGUGUGUGAUUCUUUGGGACCAGUUGCUGCCAGACAUAGUCAUUUAUUUGUCCCGGGGAGUUUUCUAUGUGGAUGUGUCCUCAUACCAAAUAAGUGACAUUCUUUCUUACACAGUGUAAGUGGCGUCAGUUUCUUUUGAGCACAGAUAAAGGGGGUACGGUAAAGAAGAUAAGACGUGCACAGCGGGGGGGGGGGGGGGGGGGGGGUUAGAGGGUUGAAAUGGUCUUUGUUUAAAAACUGUGAAAAUAUUUGUUUUUCAAUGCACUGACCAAAAACAGUCGUGUCACUGUACACUAAUGUUCACUUCAUAAACAUUACCCCAGAAAAUCUCUAUAUAUCUCACUCUUUCACCAAGACACACGUACUGGCGCAAGAACCUUCUAAGAAUUACAAAAAUAUGACAGAUAGUCCUAUGUUUCCUGUCAAUAAAGGUUUUUUCUCGUCUAGUUGUGUCUAAAUUAGAGACAGAAGCACUCCAUAUGCUUUUGCAUUUAACCCCGGCCCUGUGGUUGUGGGACUUAAAUAAGUAGUGUAACUAUUACUAUUACUCUAACUACUGUAUGGGAACUACUGUAUCUAUUAUAUUGCACUACUUUAAACUGCAGCACCAGACCACUGUUAUAACUGUUGUAUUUUCUCUGCUUUUGUACUCUUCUAAAUCUGAAAUCUAAAUCUGAAUUUUACCUAUCAGGAAGAAAAAAAAAUGUAUGUAUUCCUUUUUUCAUAUGUUGUGUUUUUUACUGCUUUAUAUAAAAAUUCCUUGUAAAAUAAUUAUAUG